UACUUAUUUUGUAAGACGACAUUCUUGUCUUGCAUUACAGAAAUCAAAUCAAGUUUGGUUUAAAUUUCAUAAGAUAAGAAGAACCUGAAUUCCUUUAUAUUGAUAACUCCAGUACCAAUUGUAACUCUGAUCGUGAGGUUAAAUUAGGAAAGCAUGACUCUUUUGAAACCAUCGUUGAAAAUCUUCUCAUGCGUAAAUAGGUUUUCCUCUAGUGUAUCCAAUAAGAUUCACCCGUUGUAUAAACACACACAAGUAUCAGAAAACGUGUUUUUAAUCCAGGAGAAAUAUUUCAUUUCCUGGAACCUUGCCAACAUAUUUUUUAUUCGAGGAUCAGACAGAGAUCUUCUGGUGGAUACUGGAGUAGGUAUUUUUAACCUUCCAGCUUAUCUGACCAGCGCGCAGCUGAGAAAUGCACCUGACAAGCCUUUAGAUGUUGUUCUUACUCACGCUCAUUUUGAUCAUUCUGGAGGAGCACAUCAGUUCUCAAAAGUUUUCAUACAUAAAUUGGAAGAUGAAACUGUAAAAACAGGAAACAGGAGAAUGACAGCGAGCUGGGUAACUAGGGAAGAAGUUGUUCCUAAACCAACCGGAACCUGGAAUCACUUAGAAUACAGAGUUCUACCAUCCAAAGUGUUUCCGAUUGAAAAUAAUUUUGAAUUUGAUCUUGGCGACAGAACAUUUAAGGUUUUACAUAUUCCUGGACACUCUCCAGGUUCGAUAGCUUUAAUAGAUGAGAUAGGUGUUCUAAUUACAGGAGAUACUCUCUACAAGACUUCACAUGGAUUGAUUGAUUGGUAUCCAGGAAGCAGUUGUUACAGGAUGAGGAGUAGUGUUGAGAAAUUGGUUAAUCUUUGCAGGCAACAUAAGGUAGAAACAAUUCUACCAGGACAUAACCAGGGGUCCGGAACAAGCAGAGUAUACUGGCCCCCCCCCCCUCCUCCUCCACUCCCAACAGACGUCUUUAAACUCAAAACAGUUGUAAACAGUGAGGGAAUCUACUCUAUAUCUAUCAGUAAAGGAAUCUGCGAACUUUCAAGAUGGCGGUCACAAAAGCUGAUUUGAGUAAACUAGUUACCAGCCUCAAUGCUUAACUCAAGUUUGAAAACCAUGUCUUGGGUGAAAUUCGUCAGCUGCAAAAAUCCAUCGAAGAUCUAGAUGCUACUGCUAAAGAAAACAAGGAUGACAUUAAAUCACUCAUGGAUCGAACUCAAGCUCUUGAAACACAGAACACCCAGAAGGAUAACAAAAUCAAAUAGUUAACAGACAAAAUUAACGAUACGCAACAACAUCAGAGGAACUUCAGUUUCCGUAUCAAGGGAUUGCAUGUACCAAAGGAAUACAAAGAUAGAGAAUUCCUGAAAUACGUAUAUACCAAAGCAAUCCAACCAACUCUUGAAUUUCAAAAGCUGAAAGGGGAACUAAGCCAAGUACCAGAAUAUAACAAAGUUAUUGAACAAGGGCAUAUCCUUCCAUUACGUUCAUCUCCAACUGGUUAAAGACGUUGUCAAACAGGUCCAUCACUCAUUCAUACGUUUUCUAUCAAGAUCUAUUCGAGCCAAGGUUAUCACGCACAGCUACCCUGCUUUAAACCCUCUUAAUGCUGCUAAACACAAGUGGUUUAUUCCGAAACAAUACCGAUCAUCGACUGUCCAAUGAAAAAAAUAACACCAAAGAGUAAAUAUCCAAAUCAACGGUGAUCUCACAUUAAGAAUUAGAAAAAAUUAAUUGUUGGUACAUGUUUAAUAAACUUACUAUUAACUUUAAGAUAACUAAUGCAAUUUUAUUUUCAAAUUCUCUAAAUGCACAAAACGACUGUCGCGAUGUUUUCUCUAAACUAGGAGAAACUACACGAAAAAAUGAAUGCAUAAAAGAAACAGAUUUAGUUAGAUUCUUGGGAAUAUUGAUGGAUACUAAAAUAAACUUU